AGCAUACCUCGGAGUGAUGGUGGCUCCUCGAUCUCCUCCUCCUCCUCCUCCUCCUCCUUGCUUUCACUGUUCCUUCUCUUUUCCUUCCUUUUCGAUCGCAGUGUUCUUGUUCCUGGCAGUGUUGCUUCUCUCGAUUUGCAGAAGCACUUCGGCAGAUGAUCAGCAGCAGCAGCAGCAGCAGGAGUUGCUCGUUCCCGGGUUUUACCACUCGACUUGUCCCCAGCUGCAAGACAUUGUCCAAGCCGGCGUCGAGAAGGCUGUGGAGAACGAGACGAGAAUGGCGGCCUCCCUGUUAAGGCUCCACUUCCACGACUGCUUUGUUAACGGUUGUGAUGGCUCGGUGCUGCUCGACGACACUCCCACUUUCACUGGCGAGAAGAAUGCUGUCCCCAACAAAAACUCCAUCCGAGGCUUCGAAGUGAUCGACCAGAUCAAAGCUCGUCUGGAGAGUGAGUGCCCCGGACUAGUCUCCUGCGCUGAUAUCAUCGCUAUAGCUGCCAGAGACUCGGUAGUGCUGGCUGGAGGUCCUUCGUGGGAAGUUCUUCUCGGACGGAGAGAUAGCUUGACAGCAAGCCAGGCAGCAGCGAAUGCGUCGAUCCCUUCUCCAGCUUUGGACGUUCCGGCAUUGACGAAAUCCUUCCAAAACGUUGGCCUGACACUGCAAGACAUGAUCACACUCUCAGGCUCGCAUACCAUCGGCCAGGCUCACUGCUUCACGUUUACUCAGCGUCUCUACAACCAGAGUGGAAACUUUCAAGCCGAUCCAUCCAUGGACUCGCAGUUCCUGCUGGCUCUGAAGCAGCUCUGUCCGCAAGGAAAUCCAAAUCCCAACACUCUGGCCAGCCUCGACUUGAGCGAUCCCACCGUCUUCAACAAUCACUACUUCGACAAUCUCAUGCGCGGAGAGGGCCUCCUCAACUCGGACCAAGUCCUCUUCACCACCACCGGGAUCACGCAAGAGUUCGUGGAGCUCUUUAGCAAGGACCAACACGCCUUCUUCGCGAACUUCGCCAUCUCCAUGGUGAAGAUGGGCAACAUCAAGCCUCUCACUGGCAGCGAAGGAGAGAUCCGUAGAGACUGCCGAGUCGUGAAUCCCAAUCACGACAUCUCUCCUUCUUCCCCUGUUCCUGUUCCUCCAGAGACCGCGCUGCUACCGCCGCCACCACCGCCGCAAGAAACCGGUGAUCUCGCCGCUCCACCCCCGCCGCAAUUCCCCGAAGAUCCUUCGUUCCAAUUCCCUCCUUUUCCACCGUUCCCGUUCUAAGCUAGCCAAGAACACUGUGUCGAUAGUCAAAUUCUUUCUUCUUGUGUGGAGUUGUGAAAGAUUUUCCUCAAUGCAAGCGAUUGAUCGAUGGAAUCCAAGCGAUCCACGCAUGCGAUGCUGCAAUGCAAGUGAUCAAUGGAUUGCAAACCUGGAUUGGCAGCGACAA